AUGAGAUCCACUUCGUACAAUGACGACUACGCUAACGAGCAGUAUGGUUCUGCAGAGCCGGACAUUCGAGCAAACGAAUACCCGAAAUCUGCGCAGACCGAGCCUCUAAGACUGGCAUCGCGUGCAGCCGCCUCACAUUCCCCUGUGCCGCAGGUAUCACCACCUUCCAAGUCGGUAGCACAGACGGUGGACAACGACAGAAUAAACCUACUUGAGGACAAAAUAAUGCAGUUGGAAAAAAUGCUGGCUCUUCAAGAUCUCGCGUCGAAAAACGACUCGCUCACGUCUGUUUCCAGCGAUACCAGCAGUAUCAACACCAAGGAUGAUUUUAAUUUCACAAUACCGAGUAUGGGGGCCAGUAGAAUAAGUCUGCCGACCUCAGAGAAGUCUGCCAAAUACGCCUCCCAGAACUCGCAAAGGACGGACCUGGCGGGCGCUCCUCCUUUGCCGCCUCCGCCGCCCGCGGAACAAAGAUCGAUUGCCAACAGUCCAGUCGCAAACGUUUUUCUUUCGUCCGGACUGGAGGAUAGAAGUGGAACUAGGGACAGUGCUACGUCUUUGACCUCUGGCGAGAAAGAGCUCGUCAAAGAGUUCCUAGACUCACCGGAGAAAUCGUCCAAGGAGGCUGGAGAUGAUCUUCCUCCGUCGUACGAGGAACUCGAGAAGUCUGGAACUCUAACGUACUCGCAGUCCAUUUACCGUACUGGGUUUGAAAAAGCAGGUUUCCACAUGGAUCACAUGGAAACUCCGGCAGUCAAGCGUCCCGUUCCCACACAAGCUCAGACGGGGCAUUCGUCGCCAACCCUGAAGUACAAGCGGAAACUGCCUCCCCCUGCUUCGGAAUCGGUCGAGAAAAUGCUGGAAGGACAGAAAGAGAAUAUUCUUAGCCCGCCUACCCUGUCAGAACCGCAAAGACGGUUCAUUAGUGAGUCAAGUGUGAGCUCGAGCGUUUACAGUGAUAAGACACCGGGAACUGGCGACUUGUCAGACCCCAAAGAAAAAGCUCCUCCUCUUCCAGAUCCUGACACUGAAGAGUCUGAAUUCCUGGAGAAAACCAUCAGAUAUAUCAAGCCGAGCUCGUUUAAAAGACACCCAAACGGAGUCAUCGAGCCAAUAUUACCAUCAAAAUCCACCGACACUCUUGACAGUCUCAUCAACGGUUUUGGAAUAAUCAGAGAAAAGGCAUUCAAGGACUACAAGAGCUUUACGCCGUCUAUCCAGUUUGAAUGGGCAAUUACUCUUCUUGAGGCCAUUGCUCGCUCAGACCUGAUUUCAAAAAUGGCCAUUGACGGUAGAGUGAGAAAGUCGCCUAUUCCUUUCAAAUCGCUGGCUCCUCAAAGAGAACAGUUCCUGAACACAGCGGUGAAGGUGCUGGAAAAAAUCAUUCAGAUAUCGCCGAACUCCACCAGAGCCCGUCUCUACCUUGGUGACAUUUAUUCUGGAGGUAUCCAUCCUGGUGUGCUGCCCCGAAACGAGUCCAAAGGAUACAAGCUUUUCUAUGACGCUGCUACAAAACAGGACGACCCAGUGGCUUGCUACAGAGUGGCUUGCUGUUUGGAAUCGGGAGUCGGCUGCGCCAAGAACGUGGAGCAGAGUUGUCGGUUUUUUGAAAAGGGGGCCCGGCUGGGCGAUCCGUCGUCAAUGUGCCAACUUGGAAUGCUGUAUUUUGCUGGAGUAAACGGCUUCCCGCUGGACAUCAACAAAUCGGUUUACUGGCACGAAAUGGCUUGCCAGGCACUCAAGGAUCCAGACAUCAUGGGCUCGGAUCCUCUGGUCUCAGCGAGAUCGUUUAGCGACUCGCGUGGCGCUCUUUAUACGCUGGCCAAACUGCACCAGACAGACCUCAACAUUCUCUGUCUUGAUAAGGAUACGCCGAAGACGAAAGCUUCAGUGAGCCAGAUGAUGAAAGCAGGGAUCUUCAGAAACUCUUCCAAGACCCUCAACUAUUAUUUGGAAGCAGCCAAACUGGAACAUCGCGAGUCGCAAGCGUCUCUUGGGUUCUAUUAUGCUCAAGGAUUUUUCCCCACGGCUCAUUUUAAAUCUGACAAGGAGUCUAUGGGUGGCACUCCUGCGGCAAAAGAUGCCAGACGGUCCAUCUACUGGUUCUCAAAAGCUGCGGCCGAUAAUCAUCCAUACUCUGCUCUUGGACUGGCCAAAUGGUAUGGAUCCGGCGCUCCAGGAGUGCUUAAAAAAGACGAUCAACAGGCGUUUUUGUGGGGCCGCAAGGCUGCUGACGAAGGCCAGCUGGCAGAAGCUGAAUUUAUGAUCGGUUUGUGUUUUGAACAAGGUUUUGGUGUGCAAAAGAAUAUCCAGUCUGCCAUUUCGUACUACAAGCGAAGCGGCGCCAAGGGCUACAAACGGGCGCUCAGCAAGCUGAAACAAUUUAAAGAGCAAGGUAUGGAGGGACAGUACUGA